AUGGAGCUGCCCAAUCGGCCCCAAACAUGUUUACAAACCGCACGUGCACAGAAGCCCAAGUCUAGUGCGCAGAAGACCAAGUCCGCUGUGCAGAAGUCUAAGGCUGGUGCACAGAAGUCCAAACCAACAUGGGCCACCCCCUCCACUGUAAGCCAGCAGGUAAUUGGUGUUCCUAGUGUUUUUCAGGAUCCUCCAGCUCAUCAUAGUCCGUCUGAGGGGUCCUCCUCGGAUGAGGAGAUACCUCCCCCGCAGGCAUUUCCAUCUUCCGAUGACCCAGCCCCACAGGACAGCAGCACCCGCGGAGGGAAGCGGAAGGCGAAGAGGAAGCACGUGUCCAAGAAGAGCAGGAGAAGAGACCCAUCUGACUCCGAGGAUGAGACAGGUACUUCUUCGUCAGAGGGUGAUAGUGAUGCUCCCAUGGAGACUUACUGGGGGGAAGGUGAACAGACUGGUGCUCCCUUGUGGAUGCACGAGAGGCGGGCCUAUUCUCACCAGAAAACCUUUAACAGUACUCUAGAAUGGAAAGAUGGUGCGUUAGUGGAAGAUGUUAAAAUCUCAACUAACUUAUCUACUGAUUUUAUCUUGGGUAAUCACCUUUCAAAGAGAAGAAGGGAUAAGAUACUGAAUGGGGAUUUCAUAGAUAUGUUGACCUUGCUACCUCCAGCACAAAUGAAAGGAAAAGGGGAGAAAAAGAGGUAUUAUGGAAAGAAAAGGUACAGGUCGCCUCGGGUGGAGCGCACCUUCGAGAACUGGCUCAAUGGCUACCAGGUAUUCAUGGGGGUGGUUUUAGGCUGUUAUCCAAAACGCGGGUUGCACCUUGCAUCUUAUCUGGCGCAUGUUAGAAGGGCUCGCGAAUUAGCAGGGGAUGAGGCUGCCCUGCUGUAUGAGGAGGACUUUCGGAGAAAUGCCUCGCUGUUGCCAUCCACGCGCUGGGACCUGAGGGACAAUAACUACUGGAUGGAGCAUGUGGGUCCUUACUCCGAAAGAGAGCGCAUGACCAGGCUAAAUCCGGUAAGACAGACACAAAAUGUUGCAAGCUAUGCUGGGAUUUCAAUAAAGGGGCAUGCCAGCGCACUUCAUGUAAGUACCUACACGAAUGCGAGAUGUGUUUAGGUAACCACCCGGCAACGACCUGCUACAAGAAUAAGCAGCAGCCCUUUCGGGGUGGCAGGGGUCACUUCCACCAAGGAAACCGGGGUGCCCCCUCAGGUGUGUCAGGACCCUCCCGCAGCGCAGCAGGGAAUCGCUACUAA